CUCCCUCGGUCUGACCGCUACAGGCGCCAGCGCCGCGAUCGUAACGGUUCCACUUGCCGUCGAAAGUCUGACCGGCCUUGACAGUGAUCACCUUGCUGUUGGUCUUGGUGCCAACAGCCUUGGGAACACCACCAGUGUAGCCAUUGCAGGCAAAAGCGACAGGCAAGAGAGCCGCGAGCAGGAACUUGAUACCAGCAACCAUGAUGGGAGAAUGUGAUGUAGAAAGGAAGAGAAAUGAGAGACUGUUGUUGAAUGAUUUGUUCUCUGGAAGACUUCAACAGCCCUUUAUAUGUCCAUCACCGUCUCGCGACGCUUCUAAAACAGCUUUACCUCCUUCCUGUAUGACCCGCACAUGGUCCGUCAAUAUCGCUUCGCUUGUGAGAAACGAUCACAUCCUCCCAGCAUAUUGCAGCCAAGCAGAAAGGCGUUACAUCCGGCGAGCGCUCGUCAAGGUUUAUUCAGCCGAAGGCCUAGUAUUUUCGCUCGCUAUAGAUGAGCCAAGCAUGCUAGAUGUGGUUCUGGUACGGAGGGGCGCGUUUCAAGGUAGGUGCACCAACAACACUUACAUAGGGCUAUCUGCCAUGGAGCUGUCCAGCCCUGUCAUGCUGGGUUCAUGCAUUCAGCUGUCAAAGGAGGAAGAACUGAUUAGCCAAGCAUAAGGAGUGUUUCAAGUCUCGGGGUGCAUGGUGAGCCAAGUCUUAUUUGCUGGUGAUACUUUGUUGCACUGCCACUGCCAAGGACUUUUUGCAGAGUGCUUGUCCAUAAAAAAUGCUUCGGCUUCGUCUUGCAACAACUGGUGGUGAACACAACUUCAGACUACCUGAGUAAAGACAUAGAUUGGUGAAGUCG